CUUCUCCCCAGGGACUCCACAGCGGCGGCGGACGCUGUGCUCUGUGUUUCACGGCCUCAACAGUUUUUGCGCGGGUGCCUGGUGGUGGUGGCACCAUCGAUCAUGUCGAUCGAGCACUCGGCGGCGGCGUCGUCCUCCGCCGCCUCGUCCACCCAUGGUGUCGUGCAGAGGUUCUGGCAGCUGGAGCAGGAGAGGAAGCCACCGCUGCCGCCAAAGCGUGGCGGCGGCAAGCGCCGCGUGUGGGCGUGGGAGGCGCGGCGGGCGCGGUGGUGGGCGCGGGAGUGGGACCGGGCGUACCUCCUCGCCUGCGCGGCGGGACUCAUGGUCGACCCGCUCUUCCUGUACGCCGUCUCCGUCAGCGGGCCGCUCAUGUGCGUCUUCCUCGACGGGUGGUUCGCCGCCGCGGUCACCGUGCUCCGGUGCAUGGUGGACGUCAUGCACGCCUGGAACUUGCUGCUGCGACUCCGGACGGCGGUGCGGCCGGAGGACGACGGCGCCGGCGAGGAGGAGGCGCAGCGGAGAGCUGACGACGGCAAUGGCGGCGCGGCGCCGGCUCAGGUGGCGAGGCCGGUGUCCAAGAAAGGACUCGUUCUGGACUUGUUCGUCAUCCUUCCCCUAAUGCAGGUGAUCAUGUGGGUGACAGCGCCGGCGAUGAUACGGGCCGGAUCAACGACGGCAGUGAUGACGAUGCUCCUGGUGUCAUUCCUGUUCGAGUACCUGCCCAAGAUCUAUCACGCCAUCCGCUUCCUGCGCAGGAUGCAAAACGCCUCCGGCUACGUGUUCGGCACCAUCUGGUGGGGCAUCGCGCUCAACCUGAUGGCCUACUUCGUCGCCGCUCACGCGGUGGGCGCGUGCUGGUACCUGCUCGGGGCGCAGCGGGCAACCAAGUGCCUCAAGGAGCAGUGCGCGCAGGCCGGGAGCCGGUGCGCGCCCGGCGCGCUGGCGUGCGCGGCGCCGCUCUACUACGGUGGCGCCGUGGGCGGUGGCGUGGGCGCGGACAGGCUCUCCUGGGCCCGCGACGACACCGCCAGGGGCACGUGCCUCGACAGCGGCGACAACUACCAGUACGGGGCGUACAAGUGGACCGUCAUGCUCGUGGCCAACCCGAGCAGGCUUGAGAAGAUCCUGCUCCCCAUCUUCUGGGGCCUCAUGACUCUCAGUACCUUCGGGAACUUGGCGAGCACAACGGAGUGGCUUGAGAUAGUGUUCAACAUCAUCACCAUCACCGGGGGGCUAAUACUCGUGACGAUGCUCAUAGGGAAUAUCAAGGUGUUCCUGAACGCGACGACGUCGAGGAAGCAGGCGAUGCAGGCGAGACUGCGGGGCUUGGAGUGGUGGAUGAAGCGCAAGAAGCUGCCGCAGAGCUUCCGGCACCGGGCGCGGCAGCACGAGCGGCAGCGGUGGGCGGCCACGCGCGGCGUCGACGAGUGCCGCAUCGUCCGCGACCUGCCAGAGGGUCUCCGCCGCGACAUCAAGUACCACCUCUGCCUCGACCUCGUCCGUCAGGUGCCACUGUUCCAACACAUGGACGAUCUGGUGCUCGAGAACAUCUGUGACAAGGUCAAGUCCCUCGUGUUCCCCAAAGGAGAAGUUAUUGUGAGAGAGGGUGACCCGGUGCAGAGGAUGCUGUUCAUAGUUCGAGGCCACCUGCAGAGCAGCCAAGUGCUGAGGAACGGCGCGACGAGCUGCUGCACGCUGGGGCCGGGCAACUUCAGCGGGGACGAGCUGCUGUCGUGGUGCAUGCGGCGGCCGUUCCUGGAGCGGCUGCCGGCGUCGUCGUCGACGCUGGUGACGAUGGAGAGCACGGAGGGGUUCGGGCUGGAGGCCGCCGACGUCAAGUAUGUGACGCAGCACUUUCGCCACACCUUCACCAACGACAAGGUGCGGCGCAGCGCGCGAUACUACUCGCACGGGUGGCGCACGUGGGCGGCCGUCGCCGUGCAGCUCGCGUGGCGGCGGUACAAGCACCGCAAGACGCUCGCGUCGCUCUCCUUCAUCCGCCCGCGCCGCCCGCUGUCGCGGUGCUCGUCGCUCGGCGAGGAGAAACUCCGGCUCUACACCGCCAUCCUCACCUCGCCCAAGCCGAACCAGGACGACUUGAUGUGACACUUACGUUUUCAUGAGCUCCGUGGAUUGACGUUUUCUUGAUUAUACUACUAUGUUCUGUAUCACUCAAUUUGAGACGAUCUCUAGAAUGGAAUGGAUUGGCCAACUGUCUACA